AGAGGAAAGGAACAUAACUCCCAACAUAACGGGCGACAGAGCCACAAAGAGUUUUCUCUUUUCAGUCGUAACUGUCCUGGUAAAAAGAAGGCCAACGCUGAUGCUCUUACAUCGUUAAGAUCCACCUGAAACCUGGCGGAACAACAGAACCAACCCUGCGCACUGCUUGUCUUAUAGCGUAAUGAGUCAUCGCUUCUUAUGAUUUUUUAUUCCAAGUGGACAAUAUAGGCAAGCAAGUGGAAAACUCAAGUUGUAUCAAAGAACCAAAAAGAUACUGGACUUCUGGUAUCCUGUGUCAGCUUCGUCCCCAUGCUUAUCUGACAAACAGAUAGAGCUUCGGACACUUAUGAAAACAACUUAGGUGGAAGCACCAAACUAAUAAAACACGUACUUCUCUGGAACAAUUUAAUCGCAUUUCUUCAAGUCAAGGGGAGUGUGAUUAGGGCACCAAACGAAGGCACAGAUUUCAAAUUGAACGAAACCAUCUAGGAGACACGACUCCACUGGGGGAAACGUGCAGGAAAGAAGUUGUGGAGAUGGAUGUCGCAGCGGAUCAGCCUCGAUGGAUGGCCCAUCACCAUGCUGUACUGAACGGCCAGCACCCAGACUCUCACCACCCUGGCCUGACACACAACUACAUGGAACCAGCGCAGCUAUUGCCGCCGGAUGAAGUGGACGUUUUCUUCAACCACCUGGACUCGCAAGGAAACCCCUACUACCAUAACUCCGCUCGGGCAAGAGUUUCUUACAGCCAAGCUCACGCUCGCCUCACAGGGAGCCAAGUCUGCCGACCGCACCUCAUUCACAGCCCAGGCAUUCCGUGGCUCGACAGUGGCAAGGCCGCCCUCUCUGCUCACCACCACAACGCAUGGGCAGUCAGCCACUUCAGCAAACCAGGGCUUCAUCCCGGUUCUGCAGCUCCGGGCGGCCUCUCCGCCGUGUACCCGUGCAGCAGCUCUUCAAACACCGCCUCUGUGUCUUCACUUACUCCGGCAUCCCACUCCAGCCCGCACAUCUACAGUUUUCCUCCAACCCCUCCUAAGGACGUCUCGCCGGACCCAGGAACUGCAUCUCCCUCCUCCGCCAACAGAAUGGACGAAAAGGAGUCCAUUAAGUACCAGGUGUCCUUGGCGGACGGUAUGAAGAUGGAAGGAACAAGUCCGCUUCGGAGCAGCUUGGCGACGAUGAAUUCCCAGACCUCUUCUACUCAUCACCCGAUCCCGACCUACCCUGCAUACCCGUUGCCGACGGCGCACGACUACGGCAGCAGUCUCUUCCAUCCCGGCAGUCUGCUUGGUGGAUCCUCGCAUAGCUUUACUCCGAAGGGUAAAAGCAAAACUCGGUCCUGCUCAGAGGGGCGUGAAUGUGUCAACUGCGGGGCCACCUCCACGCCCCUGUGGCGACGGGAUGGGACCGGACACUACCUCUGCAACGCCUGCGGCCUCUACCACAAGAUGAACGGGCAGAACCGGCCCCUCAUCAAACCCAAGCGCAGACUGUCCGCCGCAAGACGAGCUGGCACCUGCUGCGCUAACUGCCAGACGACCACCACUACCCUGUGGCGGCGCAACGCAAACGGUGACCCGGUGUGCAACGCCUGCGGCCUCUACUACAAACUGCACAACGUCAACCGACCGCUGACCAUGAAGAAGGAGGGUAUCCAAACCCGCAAUCGAAAGAUGUCCAAUAAAUCCAAGAAGAGCAAGAAGGCUGGGGACGGCUUUGAGGAGCUCUCCAAGUGCAUGCAUGACAAGGCCUCACCCUUCAGUGCUGCUGCCCUCGCUGGUCACAUGACGCACAUGGGCCACCUGCCGCCCUUCAGCCACUCCGGACACAUGCUGCCCACCCCGACCCCCAUCCACCCAUCUUUUGGCCACCCUCACCACUCCAGCAUGGUCACGGCCAUGGGCUGAGUCAAGCACAGCUCCAGCUGACAGUUCAACGGAGUGGGGGAGGAGCAGCGAUAGGAGGGUGCCAUGACUGGGAGGGAGGCGAUGACCUUAAUGAAGAGUCCGCAGUGUUUUUACUUUGUAUCGCAGGAAUGAGAGCGUAAUCGAAGGGGAUGAAUAUGGUAUGCAUUAUCCCCGACACUGUAAAUAUCAUAAUUAGACUUUUUUUAUUACUUGGUACCUCCUCAGAUAAAAUGUAUGACAUCAGUGGGGCUGCUGCAUAACUCCCCCUAAAAGAUGACAACAUAUUCCAUUAAGGCACCCCCCCCCCUUCCAACACCACCACCACCACCACCUCCUAAAACCUGCCUGAGUGCUCACCAUGUCCCCACUGCAUCGCAGCCAUCAGGACCUUCAGCGGAGUCUGGAGAAACGGCAGAAACUGUGAAUACUGUAAAUGUGCGAGAUGUGCGAGGCAGACCUGUGGAGAGACGUUGGCCAGAUCCCUCUGCGUGUUUAAAUAAAUAUAUGCUGGAUUUCUGAUCACAGACUCCUCCUAUUUUUAAAAGAACUUUACAAAGAAAAAACAACCAUAAGGAAAUGAGCAAAUGGAAAUUAAUUUUAAAACAUUUUAUAUUAUUAUUAUUAUUAUUGUUAUUAUUAUUUUUAUCUGAUAAUUUAUUUUCAGUCUACCUUUUUCCUUUUCCUAAAAACCUACAAAUGUUAUCAUUUCUGUUGUAAUUAAUUAAAGUGGACACUGACUUGUUUUACCUAUUUUUGCUUUUUCUGACCUGUCGACCGUUCUGGUAACUUUUCAUUAAAAACAAUUGGGCCGUUUUCGGAAUAAAAAAUGCGGUCUGUGAUUAAAUUCUGUUGAAACGGAGCCGCGGUGGACGAGAUCUGCAGCUGACUGCCAUUCCUGUACCCCGGAAGAUUCUGGCGGACCUCCUCCCCCGGCUCAGAGACAUUGGGCGAGCUGACGGGCCCGUGACAAUGACUCCUGCCAUUUCGCCCUGGGUCCUCACUGUAGCCCCUACCUACCUACAGCUCUCAUUUGCUCCAUUUUGUCUCUGUUGUCCCACUUUUGCAGCUUUUUCUGGUGUUCCUUUCGGAAAGAAAGACUGCUUCUUUGUUGAAAAAAGUAUACCUGACAAUCUAGGAAGAACUACAUACUGAUAAUAAAGGAAUUGAUAAAGGUCACAGCAA